AUGAAACUCUCUAAUAUUUUCGCAUGUUUUCUAGCAGCUCCCUCUCCGAAUACACUCACUGCGAAAAAACAUCCAGCCAUUGCGAUCAAACCUGUCACUUCAAAAACCGAAAAUGUUCAGCAUCAGCAGCACCAAGAUGACUCUUCCACAGUGGCCAAUGAAUCUACCACGGGUGGUAGCAAUCAUUUCAUGAAAAAGACACGUUCAUGGAGGUUUUCAUUCCGAAGGAGAACUUCAACUUCACCUCCUUCUUCGGAUCCUAACCAUGAUGUGGCAGCAACGUAUUCGGAUUUUCAACAACAACAACAACAACAACACGAUCAACAACAACAAGGUGUCAUUCCUUCUCAACAUCUUCAAAUGCUCUCUUCGAAAAGUACAAAAUCAUUACCAGUCGUUUCAUCCAGUAAGAGUCGAAGUCGAGCGAAAAGUAAAUCCACAGGAAGUUUAAUGACCACGACAACGACGACCACGAAUUAUAAAACCAAUGCUGUGAUUGUACCUGCCACUCUCCUACCACAUCAACAACAACAACAACAACAAAAUUCUUCUACUUCCAUACAUUCUUCACAACAAUCCAUUCAUCAUCAUUUCACAAAAAAGAGACCUCCCAAACAAAGUUUCAAAUCCACAGGAACCAUUUCAGAGAAGAGUGCCCAAUUGAAUCUCACACUUUCAACGAUACCUCCACUCGCUGUUCAACCAGCUAAUCGAAGACGACCACCUGGUCAAAGUCAAUUCACAUUUGAGGAACAUACUUCACAACACUUUUCGAAACGACAUGUGAAUGAAACAUUUAUGGAUUGGAUACAAACAACGCCUUAUUUUGCAAAGAUUGAGGAGAAUUUGAAAAAGAAAUGA